AUGAAACACGGCACCCUCGCCCCCGUCGCGUUCGCGCUCGCGACGCUGUGCGUCUACGCGUCGACGAUGUACCCGUCCGCCGCGGGCGGCGACGCCACGGAGUUCGCGUUCAUCGCGUGCGACUUCCCCGCGGUGCCGCACCCGCCCGGGUACCCCACGUUCGCGCUCCUCACCGCGUUCGCGUCGCGCGCGUUCAGAGCGAUGCGGUUCGGGGGACCCGCGUGGGGAUCGAACUUCGCGUCCGCGUCGUGCGGCGCCGCCGCGUCGGGGGUUCUCUACGCCGCGAUUCGCGACGCGGUCGGGGGUCGUCGCGAGGGUUCGACGACUAUCGCGACGCACGCCGCCGCGGCGUUAGGCGCCGGGCUGUUCGCGUGCGGGAAGAACACGUGGACGAACACGAUCCAGUCCGAAGUCUUCGGACUCAACAAUCUCUUCGUCGCCGCGGCGGUGUACUUCACCGUCGCGUUCGCGCGCGAUAACGCGGUUGGCCCCGCCCCCGACCGGUCAGCGGCCGCGUUCAAGCACGCGCUGAAAGGCGCGUUCACGUGCGGUCUCGCGAUGAGCAACCAGCACACGUUCGCGCUCGUCGGCACCCCGCUCGCGACGUGGGUUUUACUCCGCGGGCUUUUCGCCGGCGCGAAGUCGCUUCGGUCGCCGUCGCGGCUGCUCGCCGUGCUCUCGGUCCCGUUCCUCGGCCUGACGCCGUACGCGUACCUCGUCCUCGCGUCUGGGACGCGACCGGGGUGGCGGAAUGGGCGUAACACCCCGAGAGGGGGUAACACCCCGGGGGCGUGGGGCGAGACGCGCUCCCGGGACGGUUUUUGGACGCACGUGACGCGCGCGGAAUACGGCACGUUCACGCUGUUCAGCGGGGAAGGCAGCCGCGACCACAGGGCGCGGCUGGGGAUCACGAGAUACGCGAGGAACCUUCACGACGACACCGGCGGGAUCGCGCCGUGGCUUAUGCUCGCGGCGGUGAUCGGGGGCGUGUCCGCGUGGGCGCGAGAGAGGCGGCGGCGGCGGCGGCGUCGGCGGCGGAAUGAAAAAAACGCUUCCGACGCGACGACGGAGACGCGUGAACUCGCGCUCGCGGGGUCUUGUCACGGAUUAGCGCCCGUCGUCGUCGCGUACGCGCUGUACACCGUCGGGUUUCAGCUGCUCGCGAACUUGCCGAUCGAGAAGGACCUGUACGCGGGCGUGUCGAGACGGUUUUGGAUGCAGAGCGACGUCCUCGCGGGGUUCGUCGCGGGCGCGGGCGCGGCGUUCGCGACGUCUCGGACGAUCGCUCUCCUCGCCCUGGGAGGGGACGGUCGCGGUCGAGGCGCGAUGCGAAACGACGCGAACGCGAACCGUCGCCGCGCCUUCUUCGAGUUCGCCGCCCUCGGGAUCGUCCUCGCGCUCCUGUGCUCGAGAGUCGUCGCGGACUACCGAGCGAUGGACCAGAGCGGAAACGCGUACUACGAGCGCUUCGGACGCGAGAUGCUGCGUCCGCUGCCGAAAGGCGCGCGGCUCAUCGUCCGCGGGGACCUCAUCACGAACAGCGCGCGGUACGUCCAGCGGUGUUUGGGAUACAGAAAAGAUGUUCAGAUGGUGGACAUGGCGAUGCUGACGUACAAGUGGUUCGUAAAGACGCAGUCGGGUAACUUCAAGUCGUUUCACUGGCCGGGGACGCACUACCACCCGAACGAGCCGCCGCACGGGUUUAGCAUGCGAGCGCUGCUUGAUUUGAACUAUCACAAGGACAGCUCCGCGAUAUUUCUCGCGGGCGGGUGGCACGACGACGAUCCUUCCACGGUCGGUCACUACGACACGAUGCCGUUCGGGAUCGCGGACGAGAUCGUGAAGCUCCCGGCGGCGGGCGGCGCGGCGACGCGGGGGUUGCCGUUCAAGUCUCCGAAAAAGUUUUACAAGCGUCGGGCGAAGGCGCUUCCGAACAUGACGUUCGGCGACGGCGGCGGCGGGAACUUCGCCUCGCGCGCGAUGUCGCGGCACGUCCUGCCGCGGUUCGGAGGAGACAGAGAGGUAUCCCUCGCGGAGAAGUACCCGGAAGGGACGUGGGAGCGCGUCGUGAUGACAGACUACUACGGCGCCCGGCAUAAGCUCGCGCACGCGUUGCUGAGUUAUGGCAUCGCCGCGGCGGACGUCGCGACGCGCGAGAGCGGCGACGACGACAGCAAAGCGAAGGACGAUCGCGUGUACGCGUUCGAGACGAGCGCGGCGAUCAUCGAGGCGUGCGUCUCCGAGCACCCGCCGCCGGUGCCGUCGUUUUAUUACCGGAAUCUGGGCAUCUGUCGCCAGCGCGCGUGGGGGGAACGGCGGGAGAAGACGGAGCACCACGCGAAGAUGGUGACCGCGUUUAAGGCGUACCUCGCCGCGGUCGACGCCGAGGGCGGGGAGAGGGAAGGGGGGUACGACGCGAUCGCGGGGAUCGUUCUCGAGGCGGAGAGAGGGAGCAUGGUCGCGUGA